UGAAUAGAGAUCAUGUGCUGAGCCUCUGGCCGUCACUGUUCUGCAGAAGGAGGAAGUGAGGCUUGUUUUCUUUUUCUGUCAGGCUGCAUGGAGUUUAAUCGGGGACUGAGAACCAGGUUGUGCUAAAAAGAAGUAGGCUUGUUUUCAGGGUGAUGGAAGCACCAGUGCGGGACCUCCUGAGGAACGAUACUCAACCCCCUACCCUGAUUCCGGCCGUGCCCCCUUAUGUGAAGCUGGGCCUGACUAUCGCCUACGCUGUCUUCUACUCACUGCUCUUUCUUUUUGUCUACAUCCAGCUCUGGUUGAUCCUCCACUACAGGCACAAACGCUUCAGCUACCAGACUGUCUUCCUCUUUCUGUGUCUGCUCUGGGCAUGCCUGCGGACAGUGCUCUUCUCACACUACUUCAGGAACUUUGUUACAGCCAACUCGCUCAGCCCCUUUGUCUUCUGGCUACUCUACUGCUUCCCUGUGUGCCUGCAGUUCUUCACUCUCAGCCUGAUGAACCUUUACUUUGUACAGGUUAUUUUCAAGGCAAAAUCCAAAUAUGCACCAGAGCUCCUCAAGUACAGGUUGCCUCUGUACCUGAUAUUCCUUUCAAUAAGCCUCGUCUUCAUGGUAGUGAAUCUAACAUGUGCACUCCUGGUGAAAUUGUCAAACACCGACCCAAAGAACAUUGUCCUUGUGCGAGUGGCCAUCAAUGACACCCUCUUUGUGCUCUGUGCUAUUUCCCUUUCCACAUGCCUCUACAAAAUUGCAAAAAUGUCUUUAGCAAACAUCUAUCUGGAAUCUAAAGGGACCUCAAUAUGCCAGGUGACAAUAAUAGGGGUGAUCGUCAUACUGCUGUAUGCCUCGCGGGCCUGUUACAACCUGGUUGUGUUGGCUCUUGCCAAAUACAAAAAUAUCAACUCUUUUGAUUAUGACUGGUACAACGUAUCUGAUCAGGCAGACCUGAAGUCUCUUGGGGACAAGGGGUACGUUGUGUUCGGGGUGAUCCUCUUUGUGUGGGAGCUCCUCCCUACUACUCUAGUGGUGUUCUUCUUCCGCGUCCAAAGACCAGCCCAGGAUGGGACAGGGCCUAGAAUUCCAAGCCAUGUGUUUUCAUCCAGAGCCUAUUUCUUUGACAACCCACGACGUUAUGAUAGUGAUGACGACCUGGCGUGGAAUAUAAUACCCCCAAACUCACAGGCCAGUUUGACGGCAGAGUGCUAUGAUUGGGAGAGUCAUAGCAACAGCUUUGUGGCGUACAUAGGAUCAGAGGAACCAUACUCCACAACAGCCCCAGAGGAACUUAACCCUUACUGAAGGGCAGUCAUCUGCUCUGCGUUUAGUACUUCUGGGUGUGUUAGAGCUGUAGCCUUUUGCAUUCAAAUCUUCACUGUAAAUAAACAUUCAUAUUUUCAGGGAAAGAGGCUCUUUUAAAGUAACAGUGUUCAAAAGCAAAAUCUUCUAAGUCAAUAAAAGAGGAGAAAACCAGUGAUUCUGGCAAAGGGAAGUGGAAAGCAAAGAAAACAAAAUGAGAAGACUUUUUUUUUUUUUAAUUCAUACUGGAAUAUGGGGUGUAAUCAGGGGUUCACAUAACAGGGAAUUGCCGAGAUCGUUGACAAAGCCCAGAAACGCCCCUCUCCUGGAAUAACUAAUACGUUACACAGAUAUAGUGUGCACCCUCCCUGCCUUUAUUUAAAAUGCAUUCCUGUCAAAAAUGCACGGACAGUACACAUUGAAGAACAAUAUGGAAGCAUGCAUUUUUCUUUACUGGUGCACAUGCAUACCUGUGUACCAGUUAUGUGAACACCAUGGGUAUAAUAUAUUUUAAAACACAAGGAACUGUCAGGAUUUUUCUAAAAUUUUUAGCAUUUACUAAGCGCUGAUGUCUCAAGUCAGUUUUGACAAGCGAAAUAAAAUAUGGGUGGAAGGGGGAGAAUUGAGACCAAAAUUUGUACAGUACUAACUAAAAAUGCACCUUAAAUGAUACUGAACAUGUUGACCACAUUUAAUGAACAUUCUGGAUUGUUAAUUGUUGUUUAAAUUAUGCCAGAUAAUGUUUUUAUUUUCUUUGAAGUUUGAACUCAUUUUAAGUCCCACUUACAGUAUAGAUAAAUGUGGUCAGUUCUACACAUGUGGGAUAAUGUUCCUUUUAGCUUUUGAUGUUGUAUUGUUGAAGUCCAUUAGCUCGGAGCUGCCUGUCUAAUACUUCAUCAGGGUAUCACAAUAAUAUGAACCAAGACAAACGAGUAAUUCAUUGCAGUGCCUUAUCUGUACUAGUGUGUUACACUACAGUAUCAGGACCAUGUGUAAUAUUUAAUCCAUAUCCAUUCUGUUGACAUUUCUGACAAUUUUGGAAAAUAAAAUAGAGGAACUUGUUGGAAUAUUUAUCUCCCACCUUUCACAUUGUACACAUGGGAGUUACUGGAAAAUAUUACCUUAGAAUGGAGGCAUUUGCCCCAAAAUAUGUGAAAAGACAGUUGGAUAGAAAACUGGUUUCAUAAGUGUGUGCUGCAAAUAUGAGCAAUAUCAGUGUCAAUGUUACGUUACAACCAGCUAGUGUGAGACUUAAUUAUUUACAUACAUACUAGUUUUUGGGAACAUUUAAGCAACAUUAUAGAGCCAGUAGUUUUUAAAAAGGUUGUCAUGUGUGUAUGUUAUAUUACAUUAGUAAGAGUACCAAACAUGUAUCUGAGGGAAGGUGGGUUUAGUGUUGAAAAUAAAAAAGGGAAAAAACUCAAAGAAUUAAAACUAUUCAGAAUGUUUUUAAACAUCAUAACAAAGCUAAG